GAUCGGACCACUUCCGCCGAAACAUUCCGCGAGAACGCGCCGGACGUGGACGUGCCGGACAGCGUGGUGACUGUGGACUGCGGUCAACAACGCUCUCUGUAUCGCUUCCACUCCCCCUUGCGAGGAGCACGGGCCAUUUAUGCAACCCACCGAUUGGGUCUGCUGACCAGCUUGCGUCGUCGAGCUGGAGAGGUUGGUUUCCCUUUUGGUUCCCCUUGGAAUUCUCUUUGUGCAAUUUUGCUAAAAUUUCAACGAAAAGUACAAAAAUACGUGCGAAAUUGUAAAAACCCGUCGAACUAUCGAAGAUUCGUUGGAUAUUUUGUUGGUGUGUGCCUGCUCACACACCGAGGACGACGACGGCCAUGAGCGAAGCCAAAGGCGACGACGACGAAGAAUUCUUGGCCCAGUUGCCGCAAGUAAACGUCCUCCGCGUAGACAUCUCCCCCAACCCAACGCAUAUCUCGGACGAACUCAAUUUGGAAGUUGAUUUCACCGUCAGUAAGGACGUCCUCGACGGCUGGUGGGAAGUGCAGUACCUUGUUGACUCUGUCCUGGAACGACACAUCAUCAAGCUAGGCAAAGUCGAGCCACAGGACUACCUCGAAGGAGAGAACCAUUUUCAAUUUUCCGUUCCUCAAAUCAACGUGGCGUCGAUCAAGCCCAGCAACUUGGCAAACUGCGGCCUCCUCACCGCGUCGUUCAAGACCCGCACGAGUGAUAUCAUGGACCUCAAGAUGGUCGUGCAAGUGUCCAAGCAAGGAGACUCGCUCCAGCGCAUCAUAUACAACCCAUUGGAGUAUCUUGUAACCGAGCCAUGACGAAUUGAUCGACUUCAAUACUGA